UAUCGCUAUCAGAUUAAUUGCUCAAGUUCAGAACGGUCAAUUGCCUGAUCUUGCUCAUAUCAACAAUGAUGUUCCACUUCCGCGUUUUGAAGGUGUAUAUAACAAAGUCAAUACGCAAUCAUCAAAUCCGGCAUUGCUCAUUACUAACGAGGAAAGAGAAAGAAAUAAGCGAAUAUUUAACAACCUCAAGCCUACAAAUGGAUUACUUGAUGGCGAAAGUGCUAAAACCGUUUUCCAGAGAUCAAAUUUACCUCUCGAAACACUUGGUCAAAUUUGGUAUCUGGCCGACACAAAAAAAAGAGGCUAUUUAGAUGUGACCGAGUUUAUUAUUGCUAUGUACUUUGUACAAAGGUCCAUGAAUGGUUCUAUUAAAACGCUUCCUAGGAGUCUUCCAGCAGGGUUUUAUGAAAUGGCCGCAGGUGUUCCUGUCAAUGAACCUACGUCGCCGAAUUUCGGUGUUUUCAACGUGACUGAUUCUCCUAGAGCCGAAUUUUCUCCUUUAAUGAGGCACUCCACGUUGCAUUCAACAAAACCAUUAGUUAUUCAAGACGAUACAUGGGACGUCUCAGCUGAAGAAAAGGCAACUUUUGAUCUACACUUUGACACUAUUGACACAACAAAAAAGGGAUUUCUAACAG